GAAGAAAUGGCUGAUGGAAAUGUCACCACCGUGACAGAGUUUAUUUUCCUAGGACUAACAGAUCAUCCAGAGCUGCAGGUCCCACUCUUCACGGUGUUCCUAGUGAUCUAUCUUAUCACCCUGAUUGGGAAUCUUGGGAUGAUCGUAUUAAUCAGGAGUGAUCCCCAACUUCACACCCCCAUGUACUUCUUCCUCAUUAACUUGUCCCUGGUUGAUUUCUGCUACUCCUCUGUCAUCACCCCCAAGUUGCUGGUGGGCUUCUUGGCUGGGAACAAAGUCAUUUCUUUCAACGGCUGUGCAACCCAAUUCUUUUUCUUUAGCUCAUUUGUGGGUAUUGAGUGCCUCUUGCUGGCUGUGAUGGCAUAUGACAGGUACGUGGCGAUCUGUAACCCACCGCUCUAUACAGUCAUCAUGUCCCACAGAGUCUGUGUCCUGCUGGUGGCCGGUUCCUUUCUAGCUGGGUUUGUCAACUCGAUGAUACACACCAUCUGUAUGUUUCAGUUACCCUUCUGUGCCUCCAACAUCAUCAACCACUUUUUCUGUGACGUCCCUCCUCUGCCGAAGCUCUCCUGUGCCGAUACCUUCAUCAAUGAGGUGGUGAUCUUUGCCUUCGCCAGCUUAAUUGAAAUCAGCUGCCUCCUCACCGUCCUUGUCUCCUACCUGUACAUCCUCUCUGCCAUCCUGAGGAUCCGCUCCACCGAGGGCAGGCACAAAGUCUUCUCCACCUGUGCCUCGCACCUGACGGCAGUCACUGUCUUCUUUGGGACAACUCUCUUCAUGUAUCUGCGACCCAGCUCCAGCUCCUCCAUGGACCGAGACAAAGUGGUCUCUGUGUUCUACACAGUGGUGAUCCCCAUGCUGAACCCCUUGAUCUACAGCCUAAGGAACAAGGACGUGAAGGACGCCCUAAGGAGAGGGUUUGGGAGGAAAAUCUUUAGUUAG